UAAAAUUGAAGAUAAUCCAACUAAUGCAAUUACUUCUUUGUAUAGAAAAAUUUUCAAAACUCAAACAAAAAUUUCAGGUUCAAUGGUUAUGGGCUUUGAUAAAGAAUCAAUAUUUAGUGAAUUAUUACAUGAUAUAGAAUUUUGUUCUUAUUCAAUUAGUUUAGCAGAUAAACUAUCUAUUAUGAUCUUUAGUUUAGGUGCUUUUAAAAAUGAAGAUUGGAUGGGUUCUGGAGAGGAUGAUCGAUGCUCAGCUAAUGAUAUGUUAUCAGAACUUAUUUAUAUGGCAAAUAAUGGGGAAUUUGAUUCUGAAAUAAUACCAAAAGUAGAAACAAUUGAAAAUUGGAUUGGUAGAUAUUCUGCAGCAUGUAAACGUGAAAUGGCAGCUAUAGCUUUAGAACGUCAAGAAUAA